AUGAGGAUAGCAGACUUUGACAAUUAUCUGAAAAUCCGAAGGCUGUCCGACCUGGAAUUUCUCCGCAAGGUGUCAGAGCGCUGGGUGAGGGCAGGUUUCUUCCCCAAGGAGCAGCUCGAGGAUUACGCCAGUCAAAGGGAUAUGAGCAAGCAGGUUGUGAACAGUCCUGAAACCGUUGCUCCUGGACCCAGUGAAGGCGCGGGAGCUGUGAGAAUCAGCCCCGAAAAUGAGCCGCAGAAUGCCCCGUUGCAAGCCCCUGCCGCGAUGGCCAGGCUUCCCCAGCCUCUCUCCAACGACAAUAAACCCCUUCCCUCCGAAGAAGCUAAACCAAACGGCUUGGAGAGGACCAAAGUGGGGAUCUGCAAGCUGAGCAGCACCCCGGUGCAAGCCAACUCCACCCUCCGGAGGGAAUCCCUGGAAAGCUUUCCGUGCAAGCCCCCUCCCGGGGCGGGGGCCGCCGGGCAAGCUGCCAUCCCCCACUGCAAAAUUCCCGCUUUGCAAAGCACGGACGGGGAGGCGAAUCUAAACCUCGGGAAGAGCACUCUAGAGAGAAACAACGCCAAGGGCGCCUGGGUGACCUUGAGCCAGAGCACCGUGGUGCUGGGCACGGAUGGCAACACCGCUGUUCUUCCCGGCAGAGCUGAGGGGAUGAAGCCCAACCGUCAGCUCAUCAUCACCAUGGUGGAAGCGGAGGGAGGAGAGGACGGCUGUGGCAUCGCGAUGCUGAUCAUCUCGGUCCUGAUAGCCAUAUAUUACAAUAUUAUUCUGUGCUACACCCUCUUCUACCUGUUUGCGUCCUUCGUACCUGUGCUGCCUUGGGCUUCCUGCAACAACCCGUGGAACACGCCAGACUGCAAAGAUAAGAACAAACUUCUGUUAGAUUCCUGCAUUAUUAGUGACCACCCAAAAAUACAAAUCAAGAACUCUACUUUCUGUAUGAGUGCCUAUCCAAACUUGACUAUGGUUAACUUCACCAGUGAAGGAAACAAAACGUUUGUCAGUGGAAGUGAAGAAUACUUCAAGUACUUUGUAUUGAAGAUUUCAGCAGGGAUUGAAUAUCCUGGUGAGAUUAGAUGGCCUUUGGCACUCUCUCUUUUCCUAGCUUGGGUGAUUGUCUAUGCCUCCCUUGCUAAAGGCAUCAAGUCAUCAGGAAAAGUGGUCUACUUUACAGCUACAUUCCCCUACGUAGUUCUCAUCAUCCUUCUUAUAAGAGGAGUAACUCUACCUGGAGCUGGAGCUGGAAUCUGGUACUUCAUCACGCCAAAGUGGGAGAAGUUAAUUGAUGCUAUGGUUUGGAAGGAUGCUGCCACUCAGAUUUUCUUCUCCUUGUCUGCAGCAUGGGGAGGUCUAAUUACUCUCUCUUCUUACAAUAAAUUCCAUAAUAAUUGCUACAGGGACACGUUGAUAGUCACAUGUACCAACAGUGCCACAAGUAUAUUUGCAGGCUUUGUCAUCUUCUCAGUUAUUGGCUUCAUGGCAAAUGAACUCAAAGUGAAUAUUGAAGCUGUGGCAGACCAAGGUCCUGGAAUUGCUUUUGUGGUUUACCCAGAAGCUUUAACCAGGCUUCCCCUCUCCCCAUUCUGGGCUAUAAUAUUCUUUUUGAUGCUGCUGACACUUGGAUUGGACACUAUGUUUGCCACUAUCGAGACUAUAGUGACCUCUGUUUCGGAUGAGUUCCCCAAAUACUUACGUACGCACAAGGCACUGUUCACUCUUGGGUGCUGCAUCUCCUUUUUCAUCAUGGGAUUUCCUAUGAUCACUCAGGGUGGAAUGUAUAUGUUACAGCUUGUGGACACUUACGCGGCUUCUUAUUCUCUUGUCAUUAUUGCCAUCUUUGAGCUUGUUGGAGUUUCCUAUAUAUAUGGAUUGCAGAGAUUUUGUGAAGACAUAGAGAUGAUGAUUGGAUUCCAGCCAAGUAAAUUCUGGAGAGUCUGCUGGGCGUUUGUGACCCCAACUAUUUUAACAUUUAUUCUUUGCUUCAGUUUUUACCAAUGGGAACCGAUGACUUAUGGAGCUUACCACUAUCCAGGCUGGUCCAUGGUGCUUGGAUGGCUGAUGCUGGCCUGCUCAGUUAUCUGGAUCCCAGUUAUGUUUGUGAUAAAAAUGCAUCUAGCCCCAGGCAAAUUUAUCGAGCGACUCAAGUUGGUAUGCUCUCCACAGCCUGACUGGGGUCCGUUUUUGGCCAAGCACCGCGGUGAACGUUACAUGAAUAUGAUUGAUCCACUGGGAACCUCUUCCCUGGGACUUAAACUGCCAGUGAAGGAUAUAGAACUGGGGACCCAAUGCUAA